GCGCCGAGUUAACAGAUCUAGCGGGAAGUUGUAGUAAUGAUGUUGGAGAAAGUGGUGCGUGUUUGAUAUGAAUAAAUAACAGUUUACGUGGAAACAUUUCGUGUGAAAGUCAGCGUGUAGAACAUGUAGUUCGGUAGCUGCCUCGGGGACGAUGACAGACCCUAGCUCGGAUCCUGCCAGAGCCAUCAGGGCCAUUGAUAAACGUUCUGUGCAUCAGAUCUGCUCUGGGCAGGUGGUGUUGACUUUGGCCACAGCUGUGAAAGAACUGGUAGAGAACAGCAUCGAUGCGGGUGCCACACAAGUUGACAUCAGGCUCAAAGAGAACGGGACCGAGCUGGUGGAAGUCUCUGACAAUGGACGAGGUGUGGAGGAGGAAAACUUCGAAGGACUGACUUUAAAGCACCAUACAUCGAAACUGAGAGAUUUCUCCGACUUAAUUCAUGUUGAGACUUUUGGCUUCCGUGGUGAAGCCCUGAGCUCACUAUGUGCCCUCAGUGACCUCAGCGUGGUUACCUGUCAUGAAAGCAGCCAUGUUGGAACUCGGCUCGUCUUUGACCACAACGGCCGUCUUGUCCAGCGAGCUCCUCAUCCCCGACAGCAGGGGAUGACGGUCAGCCUUCAGCAGCUCUUCUCCACCCUGCCAGUUCGCCACAAAGAGUUUCAGCGCAACAUCAAAAAGGAGUUUUCUAAGAUGGUCCAUGUCCUCCAGUCAUACUGCAUCAUCUCUACUGGUGUGCGAAUCACAUGCACUAAUCAGCUUGGGCAAGGCAAGCGUAACACUUUAGUGUGCACCAGCGGGAGCCAGAGCAUGAGAGACAACAUUGGAGCACUGUUUGGCCCAAAACAGCUCCAGAGUCUACUUCCUUUUCAGCAAAUAUCUCCCAAUGAGAGUGUUAAAGAGGAUUAUGGAUUAACUGGGGAACAACUUCCUAAAGACCUUUUCAAGAUCUCUGGUUAUGUAUCACAAGCUGAUCAUGGUGUGGGACGAAGCGCAACAGACCGGCAGUUCUUCUAUAUCAACAAAAGGCCCUGUGAUCCAUCUAAGGUUUCCAAACUUAUAAACGAGGUGUAUCACAUGUUCAACCGUCAUCAGUACCCAUUUGUUGCUCUAAACAUUUCUGUUGCUUCAGAAUGCGUUGACGUCAACGUUACACCAGAUAAGCGUCAGAUAUUUCUGCAGGAGGAGCAGCUGUUGCUUGCUACAAUGAAGAGCUCUCUCAUUGCCAUGUAUGAGACUGGAGUCAAUAAAAUCAGUCUCAAUCACACACCACUAAUCACAGGCAGUUUUUCCAGAUGUGGUGAUUCUGCUAAAAGUUCAGAAGGUCUUCGGAAAGCUUCACUGAGUGGAUUGACUUCAGAGGAUGAUUCAGAGACUUUGACACAGACUCCAAAGACAUCAUUUAACUUAGCUGGACUAAAGGCAGCAUUUUCAAAACAUCAGGAUACUAGUGUCACGACAAAGACGUCUAACAGUAAAACUCUGCGUAACGGUCCUACACAAAAAAAGAUGCAGUCUUUUUUCCAUUGCUCAGAAAUGACUAACUACAGCAGACCAUCAGAUUGUGCUUCAGACCUAAGCAAACAUGAACACAAGUCGGACAUUGAGGCUGAUUCAGGUCUGUCAGAGCAAAGCUCUUUCACACAAACCCCAGACACACUGUGUGGAAGCAGCUCUGAAUUUGACUCUCCAGACUCUGUUUUAGAAGAACAUAGCGUUAAAACAGAGUCUUGCGUCAGUGUGUCUGUGGAUGAGGUGCAUGAUGGUUUAGAAGCGACAAAGAAAGAGACAUUGUCUGUUAUUAAUACUGAAAGGAUUUCUAGUCCCAAGGCAAAGAAAUGUAGGUGGGAUGAUGACCUAUCUGAACAGCUCCAACUGCCAUCCUCCAGUGCGAGUGGUGCUUCCUGUGGACUGUUUGACAAACCGGUCAGUGUGCAGAGAAAAACAGUGCCCUUGCAAUUUUCAAUGACCGAGCUGGUUAAAAGGAUGGAGAGAUUAAAGACCCAGAAGCAAAAGCAGAAUGAUAAGGAGCUAAAAUAUAGACGCUUCAGGGCAAAAAUUAACCCUGGUGAAAAUCAGAGUGCUGAGGAUGAGUUGAAGAAAGAAAUAAGCAAGGACAUGUUUAAGGAGAUGGAGAUCAUUGGUCAGUUCAACCUGGGUUUUAUCAUUACCAAGAUAAAGUCAGAUCUUUUCAUUAUUGACCAGCAUGCCACAGACGAAAAGUACAACUUUGAGAUGCUACAGCAACAUACUGUCCUAAAAGGACAGAGACUUAUAAUUCCACAGAAUCUCCACCUUCCUGCUGUAAGUGAAACAAUUCUGAUUGAAAAUCUGGAAAUCUUCAAGAAAAAUGGCUUUGACUUCCUCAUUGAUGAGAAUGCACCAGUCAUGGAAAGAGUGAAGCUGAUAUCUGUACCCACAAGCAAGACCUGGACCUUUGGCCCUGGUGACAUUGAGGAGCUCAUCUUCAUGCUUAGUGACAGUCCUGGAGUCAUGUGCCGCCCUUCUCGAGUCAGGCAGAUGUUUGCGUCGAGAGCAUGCCGCAAAUCAGUAAUGAUUGGUACUGCACUGAAUCCCAGUGAAAUGAAGAAGCUUGUGGUCCACAUGGGGGAAAUUGAGCAGCCUUGGAACUGUCCUCAUGGCCGGCCGACCAUUAGGCACCUGCUGAAUCUUGAUGUUAUUUCUCAGGACUGAUGCAUGAUGAUGCAUUUUAACUGCUGUAUUCAGAAGCAGCUGUUUUUCUUUCAAGAUGGAACACAUUUGUAUAUAUGGUUUCUUGUACAGACUGAAACUUAUACAUAUUGCAUUGUCGUUUUAAUCUUUGUUAUUGUAGUGUGUUGUGUAUUCUUUUCAUUUAACUUUCUUUUAUCGUUCAACUUAUAACUAAUUGUUUUAUGUUCACAUUUUUGUGUGAAUUUCACUUCAGUGUAUUAAUAAAGAACUGUUAACAGAAAUGA